AUGAUGAAGACUAGUAAUGGAAAAGGAUCAGUCUCUGUUUUGGUGCUGUGUUCAGUGUUUGUAUUGUCGAUCACGGUCGUGUUCAUUGUUAAUUCAGUCGACUUCGUUUCGUUGAUCCAAUUCACUACUGGUUCGAAAUCGGAGCAUAAAAUACAGGCCAUCGAGUUGCAGACGACGGCGAUUACAACUGCACUGCGUGGAUUCCGAGCUGCUUCCUUCGCCGCCGAUAGUCACUCUCCAAACGUAACAGUCAUUGCGAGCAAUAACUCCGCUCUGCCUCAUAGAAAAGACCAAAAACUGGAGCAAGGACUGGCCCGGGCACGAGCCGCGAUUCGGAAAGCAGCUUCAAGAUCAAGCCAGAACCUAUCGGCGAUCCGCCGUAUUGUCUCCGCUGAAAUAUUCCGUAACCCGGCUCAUUUUAUCACAAUACAAAGACUUGGAAGACUUCUAAUUGUAAGACUUGGAAGCCUUCUAAUUCACGCCUGGUGUGCCCAGUGCGCACUCACUCAUUGUUCCCUCCACUCUUCUUAUGGAGGAGAAAUAAAAAGCCAUGCUAAUGGCAUGGUACUCAUUGCUACACCAGCCUUGAAUAGUGAAAAGACAGGAAUGCCCUUCAACUUAAACAGAAAGCAACUCGAUUAA